AUGACUUCCUUUCACAGCAGUAACAGCAACGGCAAUCUCCAUCACGGUCUUUCGAAUAGUAGCAGCAGCAACAACAACAUUCACCUGGGGGUGGUAGCAACGUCCCCAUCGUCCGCAGGCGACGGACGCCGACCUUCUUCCACGCGACGCGUCUUUGCCUGGGGGAAUUGGCGAUUUCGAAUCCAACAACUCCGAAUCCUGGAUGCCUGUAUCGACGGAGCCCAGUGGGCGUUGGAAGGUCUCGUGUACCUCAUUGGUCCCUUGCUGAUCGGUUUGGCCUUGGGUAUCGUUUCCUUGUUGAUCUUCGUCUACGUCACAAUCCUUCUACCCAUGCUGCAACUCAAGUACACCGAUACACCCGGAAAAACUGUACUCCUCGCCUUGCACACUGCCUACGUUACCAUCGUUACCGGCAACGUUCUCUACAAUUACGCUCUCUGUGUCGUUACCCGCAACGCGCAUCCGCCAGCCCGGUACGCCGCCGUCGUUCGGGAACUCGCCGCCGUCACCGACUUUUGCUGGCCCGAAACGCCGGCACAAGUCACGGCCUACAAACACGACUUUGAGGACAAAAUGAUCCUCCGCAUCCGACGUCGACAACGUCUGGCGACGUCACCCCCGGCCGACGAAGAUGCGGUUGGGCUUACCCAACGCCGGACAACGACGGCGGUUCCGUCAUCCCCGUCCGUGAACGCUCCAGCAGUGACGCCGGGGUCUUCCGGAUCCAAUCAACCCGUUCGUCAAUGGAUGCUCAUGGGGCCGUUCGAAUGGGGAUUUUGUCCGAAUUCCUACCAACCCAAACCUCCCCGAUCGCAUUACGAUCACGUCACCAAAACACUCGUUCUCAAUCUGGACCACUACUGUCGUCUCUCGACGCUUGCCUUGGUUUUUGCUUUGUUUGUUUUUUCUUUGGUUGUCAACAGCCCGUGGAUGUUCAAUGCGAUCGGCUACUUCAAUUAUCGCUAUUUCGUCAAUUUUAUGAUCUACAUUUUUCUCGGCAUGGUCUACGGAACCGCCCUGACGUUGCAACCCUUCCUCUACCUACACACGGACGAAUUCCGCACACACUCGCGAGAAGAACGAGCCGCACGCGAUCGUCUGCCACGCCCGUAUCCCAUGAUGCCGCACCGGGACGAAAAAAUGCUCGUCUCCCUAGCCUUUAUGCUCUGUCUCGCCGUAGGCAUUGCCGUCGCCAUCCUCGGGGGCUUUCAUGUCUACCUCGUAUUGACGGGACAAACGACGAUUGAAUUCCACGCCAACUGGGCCGCACAACGGCGAGCCCGCAAGGAGGGUGUACGGAACCACGCAUUGGUGGCUCGCGUUCUGGCCCAGUACGCGGCAGCCGGAAUUCUUGCCCGUACCGGUACCGGGGAAAGAUACUCGUCGGCGCAAUGCCGUCCGGCCACAACGCUCCGAAAGUUUGGCUUCGUUUGAAGUGGAAUUAUCGGAGCCGCCGAUAGAGUCUUUCGUAGAGCCGUUAAUACAGCAGGUGUAACACGACGCACCUUGGAUGGGGAGUUUUCCGUGCAGGGGUUGCGUAUCGAUUCGAAGACUGGAAAGAGAGUCCGGGACACAAC